CUCCCUUCAUUUUCUUCUCCCCUCCCUCCCAGCCUCUCUCUCUCUCCCCCUCGAGCUCCCGGCUGCCCGCGGCUCCCUCGCGCCCUCCCUCUCUCUCCGGUAGGCUCCACUGAGCGAUGCGAGCUCUGGGAGACAGCGACGCCGCCUCCCGCUAGAGACCUGCCCCCGGCCCGGCCCCCUGCCCAGCCCUGCCCAGCGCGCGGGGGUCGGCGAAGGCGCCGCGGACGCACCGACGGCUCAGGACCGGCGAUGCACAUGCACUAGCAGCACCCCCUCACUCGCUCCCUCCACACCCCGCGCCGCCGCCGCCGCCGCCUCCUCCUCCGGCAGCAGCGGCAGAAGGACCCACCCUGCCCCCCACCCCACCCUCCGCCGGCUCGGGCUGCGGCUCCUGCCUCGACUAGUAUUUUAUUUAGUUUGGGUCGUGCACAAGCCUCAGUGCCUGCAGCCCGCGCCUCCACGGACCGCGGGCGCCUCCUCCCUGGGCUCCGGAUCCCCAGACCCCGGCCACCCUCGCCUCGACACCCCCAGAGCCGCGCCAGCUGCCGCGACUCUCCGCUGCUGGAAUCUUGUUAGCGGCUGUCUUUUUGGGGGGUUCUGGUUUCCCGACAUUUUUGUUUUCUGCCGAGGGGAGGAUAUCGUGAUUUUUUUCCCCUUUGAGCCCAGGCUCUGCUCUCUGGGGGGGUGGGGGGCGCGCCGAGCCGGGGAGCAGUGCCAGCCGAGUCGUGCGGGCUGUGGCAGGGAAGGGGCCACCAUGGGAUGUACUCUGAGCGCAGAGGAGAGAGCCGCCCUCGAGCGGAGCAAGGCGAUUGAGAAAAACCUCAAAGAGGAUGGCAUCAGCGCCGCCAAAGACGUGAAAUUACUCCUGCUGGGGGCUGGAGAAUCAGGAAAAAGCACCAUUGUGAAGCAGAUGAAGAUCAUCCACGAAGAUGGCUUCUCUGGAGAAGACGUGAAACAGUACAAGCCUGUUGUCUACAGCAACACCAUCCAGUCCCUGGCAGCCAUCGUCCGGGCCAUGGACACUUUGGGCAUUGAAUAUGGUGACAAGGAGAGAAAGGCCGACGCCAAGAUGGUGUGCGACGUGGUGAGUCGGAUGGAGGACACCGAGCCCUUCUCUGCAGAGCUGCUCUCCGCCAUGAUGCGACUGUGGGGCGACUCAGGAAUCCAGGAGUGCUUCAACAGGUCUCGGGAGUAUCAGCUCAACGACUCCGCCAAAUACUACCUGGACAGCCUGGAUCGGAUCGGGGCCGCUGACUACCAGCCCACCGAGCAGGACAUCCUCCGAACCAGGGUCAAAACCACCGGCAUCGUAGAAACCCACUUCACAUUCAAGAACCUCCACUUCAGGCUGUUCGACGUCGGGGGCCAACGAUCUGAACGCAAGAAGUGGAUCCACUGCUUCGAGGACGUCACGGCCAUCAUCUUCUGUGUCGCGCUCAGCGGCUAUGACCAGGUGCUCCACGAAGACGAGACCACGAACCGCAUGCACGAAUCCCUGAAGCUUUUCGACAGCAUCUGCAACAACAAAUGGUUCACGGACACGUCCGUCAUCCUGUUUCUCAACAAGAAGGACAUAUUUGAGGAGAAGAUCAAGAAGUCCCCACUAACCAUCUGCUUUCCCGAAUACACAGGCCCCAGCGCCUUCACGGAAGCCGUGGCUUAUAUCCAGGCCCAGUACGAGAGCAAGAACAAGUCAGCCCACAAGGAGAUCUACACCCACGUCACCUGUGCCACCGACACCAACAACAUCCAGUUCGUCUUUGACGCUGUGACAGACGUCAUCAUCGCCAAAAACCUGCGGGGCUGUGGCCUCUAUUGAGCCCCCGCCUCCUGGCCAGCCGCCCACCACCCUGCUCGGCCUGCUGCCCCGCCCCCCCCAGAACCAGAGCUCCACCUCCUCUCAGACCAUUCUCUGCACUUGACAAAGAAGCACCAGCGCUGGCACCGUGGGGGGAGGAGGGGACCCUCCACCAGCCACCCCACCCCGGACAUCAGAACGUGGUAACACAGGGGCUGGGCCGGGGUGCUGAGUGUCCGCACAGCCAGAGCCCGCCGCUCACAGCCUCAUGCCGCUCACUGGCUCACUGGCCUCUGCUUCAUCUCUGAGGGUCUUAUCUGGGGAGGUGGUGGGGGCCGAGGCCGCCGUUUGGCACAGAAUGGGCAUGCCCUGCACUUGUGACUCAUCUUGAAGUCUCGGGGUCUCCUCCUGUGAUCUGGGGUUGUGCAGGUGGUGCAGGUGGCCCUGGGGCAGGGUGCUGGCGGGGGUGGGGACAGUGGGAGCCACUGCUCAGCUUUUCCUGGGGUUUCUCUGGUCAAGGGCAACUCCGUCACCAAAAGCCAGAGUGGGACUAAGGGCUUGGGCCUUGGCCAGCGCCUCCUUCCGCCCUCGCUGGAUCUCAGCCCCCUGGCACAAGCCCUUCCUUCUCUGGGUCCUCCUUCCUUGCACGCCCUUGGGGCUUCCCAUUGCCCUCCUGGGGACCCCCCUCCCUGACUCCUCAUAGGGCUGGAAACGCUCCUGAGACUGACUUAUUGCAAAGGCAUGCGGUAGAUGGUGGGAGGGGUCGAGUCCCACGGCUGGACAGAGGCAAGGAAGAGGUGAGAGGAGGUAGUGGGGAAGUAACCCCUGUGUUCACUAGGAUGGGGCCUCACGCCCCAUCCGUGCAGGCCCAAGGGUGACUCACCUGCGUUCUCCCAUCACCUGGGUCUCGGGCGGCUGCUCCCGAGUGUGACUAGGUGUGCUUUUCCUUCUCCAAUUCACAGUGAAUCCAACUCAAACCAGCAGGGGCGGGCAGGGGCCUUUGGGCAGGGGGUUCUGUAGUUGGGGAGGCCCAGGGGAGGUGUGGACAUGGCCCCUGAAGCCACUGCCCCAGCUUCCUUCUAUCUUGGUGAAGAAACUGCAGCCCUUGGUGACUUGCCAGCCCGGGGGGCAGAGGAGGGUAGAUGGACGGGACCACCACCUUGGGGCUUGCACUACGAAGGGCCCAGUCUGGGUCAAACACACAUCCGCCCCCACCUCUGGAAAGAGUCCUAGGACCCCUUGGAGGGGCUUUGCUGCAGAUCCCUGAGCAGAAAGGAGUGGGGUGACUUCUGGUGUCCCAGGCCAGAAUCAACACACCUCACUCCUGGAUGCCUCCAGUGGGCUGAUGCCUCCAGCCUACACCUCAGACAGACUCUGUGCUUGUAUGGCAGGCUCUGCCUAGGCAGCCAGACAUGGGAGGGGAGAGGGCUGCCCCUCGAGAGGCCUCUGGCUCCCUCCUCAAGCCCUCUGCUCUCCCAGCCUCCACUCCAGGCUCUGCUCGGUCCCGGGGCCAGGCAGGACCCCUUGGACUCCAGUGCAGCCCGCUCACUACCUUGGAGCCAGAAAGAGCCCAUGCCAACCACUCUGGGCUUCCUGGUUUCUGGUGCCUUCGCAAGAGCUCUGGGUGGGCACGGGAGACCCAGGGCACCUUCUCUAGUGCCAAAUGCCUGCAGGGAUGGGUGCCACUGGGGUGAGCCCCAUCCCUCGCCUGGCCCUCCUGCUGCUGCCGCUGGCCUUGUGGGAAUCACCAGGCAGCCAGGCUGCAGGAGCCACCCUUCUGACCCAAGCCCACUUGGGUUUUGUUUGCCUUGUUGUGUGCUGCACCUCGUACCAGGCGCGGGGUCGUGGCAACCAACAAUCUCGGUGUCUGCCACGGGCAGCCAGGGCCAGGGAGGCCAUUCUUCCCAACGCUGAAGACAUAGCAGUUAUUUCCUGGCGUCACCACCCUGGGUGUGGCCAGCUGUGCCCCUAACUCUGCCCUGUGACCCCAGACUCAAAAGCAGCUGACAAGAGCGGAGGUGCUGGCCAAGCCCACCUCUAAGGCCAUCGCCCUGGAGAUGGAAGUAACUGGCCCUCCAAGCCCAGCGCUCUCCAUCACCCAGCUGCCUCCCUCAACCCACAGCGGCCAGAGCGGGGCGGGAGUGAGGCCUGGCCCCAGCCCUCCCCCUCUGCAGCAUUAGGAGCCAGAGGAGCCGGUGGCUUGGGGCCUUCCUGCCCUUCCGUCCCCUGGGCUGCCUUUUCUGCCCUCAGACGCUCUACCCUGCUCCGUGUCUGGAGCUGCUCUCGCCCUCCCACCCUGGCCUGCCGAGGGCUCCUUGGCUGUCUAGUGUAAGCCCUGAGGUGCGGGUAUCCAGGGCGAGAUUCCCUCCCUGUCCACUGCGUCUCUCACCAUGUCGUCACCAGCGGCUCCAUCAUGGGGGAGCGACUAAGAGUGACAGAUGAGCUUGGCUCCGUCGUGGGUAUGGGUGUGGGGGGAAGGUGUUGUGAGUGACCAGGCAUGGGUGGGUCUUCAUCCACGGUGGCCAGGUGUGUGCCCCCGUAGGGGCCAGGUGUAAACUCUCUGAAUGGUUCUAAGUCAGCAGGCCAAGGGGAAACUGAGUUCUAGGAGGGACACCAUUGCCAAAUCCAUGAAAAUUGUGCCUGCCGUCCAGAUGCCUGUGGGCAGGUUCUGUGCCUGCACCAAUGCCACAACUGAGAGAGGUCCCCCAGGUGCUCUGGCCUGACUGGAGAGGGCGUGCCUGAGGCCCAAGGAGGGGCUCUGUUGAGCCUGUAGACUCUGGCCUGAAGAAGCUGUGGUCUCCCCAGCCCUGAGUAGAGAGCACAGCCCUGGGCCCCUCGCCAACAACUUUGACAUUCUGGGUUCCAUGGCCACCUUCUAUAGAGGCCCUAGAUGCCCAGGGCCCUGGCCCUUUCUCUCCCCUCUGGCCCCAGCAGAACCUGAGGGCCUAUGGCCACAUGCUCCUACCCCAGGGCAGUGAGCAGAAGACCACCACCUUAUCUGGUGCCAGGAGGCAGCUCUGCCUCCCAGCAUCCCGCCGAGCCCAGCUCCACACCCACUGGUGGGAACUGGAGACACCCCUGCCCUCCAUGACUGCACUGGGCACCAGUGUCUCCCUGGGGCAGGCAGCAGCCACAAGUGCCCUGCCCACCUAGAGCCCCCGUACCCAGGCUACCUGUAAACCCCCAGGGGAUCCCUGGAGUCAUCUCACCCAGGCCCUUCUCUUCUGCCCGGAUGAGUCCUGCAGGGGGGAUUAUCCCACUGCCCGGCCUCACACAGUCACAGUUCAUACCCCAGUGGUGAUUCUGCAAGCUCUUCCUGAUCUCUAGCCUGCAUCCUCCCUGACUCCCCUUUGCUCUUGGUCUGACCUAGUGCUCUCUGCAGCCCUCCUGGUAAGGAAAGCCACCGAAUCCGGGUCUCCAUCUCUUUCCUCCAGGCCAGGUAGCGCCCGUCCCAGCCCCCUUUUUGUGAAGUCUGGAGCACAAAGCCUCUCCUGGCUGCGUCUGCUCUUCUCUGAGCCUUCUGGAAGCCUCCAGCUGCAACCUGGCAGUUCUUAGGAACUGAGGCCAGAGGCUCUAGCUCCGUGGCUGCCAGGGAUUCAAUCUGGAGUGCUGAAAACAAGCACCCCCCAGAGAGGCCACAAGCCUACAGAGUGAAGGGUCCCAGCAGCCCUGGGCACUGGGACAGGACACAACGGUCAGACCAGGGAACAGGGCCAAGCAUGAGCUGCUGCCGUGGGGUAUUGGUGGUCAGGCUCCCCACUCCCCCCUCAGUGAGGUGAGUCCUGAACCCACCCUUCCCAGAGAGCAUAGUGGGGCCUUCCCUCUGGGGGUUCCAGACAGACCCCAGCCUGGCCAGAUGAAGGCCCCUGUCAAGGGAGGGACAGGUUGAGGCCCACCACCAGUCCCAAGUCCUGGGCCCUCUGGGUCAGAGAGGGGGUCUCUCUGGAAGGGAAGCUUUCACCCCCCAGGCCCAGUGCACCAAGACCACCAGCGUGAACCCACACCCCUCUCCCAGCAGAGCCCGCAGCUCUGAUGCACCACUGCUCCUGCGGCUCAUCUCCCCUCACCUCUCCUCCGCCCCCUCCAACCCCCAUUCCUACUGCCUCCCUGGGCAGCCUUCACCUCCUGCUCUGCUCAACCCUGCUGGUUCUGCCCCGUCCGCUGGCUCGGCCCGCUGUGGGUGACCUCUGCCCCCACCCCACGCCCUCCCCACCUUGCUGUGGCCUGCCUGCUCCCUCCCCCGUCUCAGGCAGGGACAGGCUCCGGCGCCCUCUCCCUCUGUAGCAAGCCUUCUCUCUUAGGUGCAGCAGUCCCACCUCCCAGCCCCGCCGCAGCCACCCACCCCGUAUUAACUGUAAUUUUGUAAGAAGAGUGACUUGUUGGUUUAAUAAAUCUCUAGUUAUUGUAAUAAUUUAUUGGCUGCCGUAAUGUAUUUAUUAGUCACCUACUGUUAAUAAAAAGUGCCAGCUUUUCCUAGCGUUAAGUGUGGUGUGUUGUGUCAGUGCCCAGGGAGCUCCCGCCAAGCGCACCCACAUGACAUGUGUCCCAGUCCUCGUGCCCUGCCCCGGUCCGGUCCCAGGGUCAGGACUGUGGGCCGCCUGGCGGAGGGGGCACACCCUGCUGGGGGCAGGAGGAUUCUGGGCAACUGGCCACACUGCCUGGCUGUCAGGAUUGUCAUGAGUGCGGAGUCUGGUCUGUCCCAGGCGGAGCUCACCUUCCUGUCCCGGCGCGCCUGGCGCCGCACACCACUGCUCUGGGGGAUGCGGCAGCCAGGAGGACAGAGCUUUCCGGCUGUUCUUGGCUCCACUGAAACCUGGGGCGGGUUGAGGACUGGGGGGUGAUGGGA